CGCCCCUCCGCGCCGUCGACCUCUCCCGCUCGCGCGGCUUCGGCGCGCGGGGCCUGGCCGUCCUCUGCGCCGCCUGCCCGGCCCUCGCCGACCUCGACCUCUCCAACGGGGUCGACCUCGGGGACGCGGCCGCCGCCGAGGUGGCGCGCGCGCGCGGCCUGCGCAGGCUCUGCCUCUCGCGCUGCAAGCCCGUCACGGACAUGGGGCUCGGCUGCGUCGCCGUCGGAUGCCCCGACCUCCGGGAGCUCGCGCUCAACUGGUGCCUCGGGAUCACCGAUUUGGGGGUCCGGUUUCUUGCCCUCAAGUGCAAGAAACUCACCGCCCUCAAUCUCUCCUACACCAUGAUCUCCAAAGAUUGCCUUCCAGCCAUCAUGAAGCUACCCAAUCUUGAGGUGUUGUCACUGGUGGGGUGUGUUGGAAUCGAUGAUGACGCCCUUGCUAGUCUUGAGAACGAGUGCAGCAAAUCACUACAGGUGCUUGAUAUGUCAAACUGUCAGAAUGUCACCGAUGUGGGAGUUUCGUCAGUAGUGAAGGCAAUGCCAAAUCUUUUGGAGUUGAAUCUGUCAUACUGCUGUCAUGUUACUCCUUCUAUGGGAAAAUGCUUCCAAAUGAUUCCUAAGUUGCAGACCCUGAAAUUGGAAGGCUGCAAAUUCAUGACCGAUGGACUUAAAUACAUCGGAAUUUCCUGUGUUUCAAUAAGAGAGUUGAGCCUGAGCAAGUGCUCAGGAUUGACGGAUACUGAUCUUUCUUUCGUCGUGUCAAGACUAAAGAGUUUGUUGAAGCUGGACAUUACUUGCAAUCGCAAUAUCACUGAUGCUUCACUAGCUGCCAUCACUAGCUCAUGCCCUUCCCUCAUCUCUCUCAAAAUGGAGUCUUGUAGCCAUGUUUCAAGUGAAGGGCUGCGAAUGAUUGGGAAGCGCUGUUCCCAGUUGGAAGAGUUAGACAUCACUGACAGUGAUUUGGAUGAUGAAGGUUUGAAAGCUCUCUCUGGAUGCAGCAAGCUUUCAAGCUUAAAAAUUGGUAUAUGCAUGAAGAUAAGUGAUGAAGGCCUUAUGCACAUCGGCAAGUCUUGCCCAGAACUCCGAGAUAUUGAUCUGUACAGGUCUGGGGCCAUUAGUGAUGUGGGGGUUACUCAAAUCGCUCAAGGUUGUCCAAUGCUAGAGUCUAUCAACCUGUCCUACUGUACAGAAAUAACAGACCUUUCGUUGGCUGCGCUCUCAAAAUGCGCAAAACUGAACACACUAGAGAUCCGUGGCUGCCCCAGUGUUUCAUCUGUCGGGCUCUCAGAAAUAGCAACCGGAUGCAGGCUACUUGCAAAGCUCGAUAUCAAAAAGUGCUUUGCGAUCAAUGAUGUGGGGAUGCUUUUCCUUUCCCAGUUCUCGCAUAGCCUCCGUCAGAUAAACUUGUCAUAUUGCUCGGUCACCGACAUUGGACUUCUUUCCCUCUCUAGCAUAUGCGGGCUGCAGAGCAUGACCAUUGUGCACUUGGCUGGUAUUACGCCCAAUGGCUUGAUGGCUGCUCUGAUGGUCUGUGGUGGUUUGAAGAAGGUGAAGCUCCACACAGCAUUCAGAUCUAUGAUGCCUCCACACAUGCUCAAUGUCGUUGAGGCUCGCGGCUGUAUUUUCCAGUGGAUUGAUAAACCAUUUCAGGUUGAGCAAGAACGUUGCGACAUAUGGAAACAGCAGUCUCAGGACGUGCUAGUGCCCCUUCCAUCCUACAGAAUCAUCUGAAACUUCGGCCACCUCAAUUGGCGCUGCGACGGAGUAGUGUACCGAUGCUUUGUCAGAACAACAAUGUUGUAUGUUGCAUUCAGUUUGUUCUUUUGUUGUGUUGUAUAGUAGUAGUGUACAUGAGAAGCUGAGGGAUAAAUCAAAGAGAGAUAGCUGUAGGUUUGUCCUGUGGUUCGUAAAAACCCAUUGUGAAUAAUAUGAUGAAAAGUAUGAAGAGUUUGAUUACUUGUCCAA